CAUAAAAUACGUCACGUUGAUCCACGCGUUUUGAAGGACGAUUAGAACAUCAACAUCAACGCAAAAAGCGACACGGAAAACCUGAAUGACUCUACUGGUCUGAUUUAAUUUCGAUUGAAUUGAAUCAGUUCUCUAAUGAUGCUCAGCCUCUCUUCUUCUUCACAAGCCGUGCGAAUAGCCUCUCAAGUUUAUAAUUCCUAUCGCAGAAUCUCUUCAUUCGCUUCCAUUUUCUUGUCAAGUCCGACGUAUGCGAGUGCAGGAGGUAUCCUCGGUGGCCAUUUGAGGGGUUUGGGAGCAAAAAGAUUCAAUACCAACACUAUGGCGGAAGCAGCGUCUUUUGUACGCGGCAAUGUGUUUCCAAACGGAGUGGCCGUUCUCACUCUUGACAGGCCUAAAGCCCUGAAUGCCAUGAAUUUAGAGAUGGACCUUCUGUACAAGAAGUACUUGGAUGAAUGGGCAGUGGAUCCAAAAGUGAAGUGUGUCCUUGUAGAGAGCAGUUCACCGCGGGCUUUUUCUGCAGGUAUGGAUAUAAAAGGUUUGGUUGCUGCUAUUCAAAAAGACAAGAACACUAAUCUUGUCCAAAAGGUCUUUUCGGCGGAGUAUAGUCUUAUAUGUAAUAUUGCUCAUUAUGAAAAGCCAUACAUCUCAUUGAUGGACGGUGUAACAAUGGGUUUUGGAAUUGGACUUUCUGGCCAUGGUCGUUACCAAGUUAUCACUGAGAGGACUCUUCUUGCAAUGCCAGAAAAUGGAAUUGGCCUAUUUCCUGACGUUGGAUUCGCUCACACAGUGGCAAGGAGUCCAGGAGAUGGAACUGUUGGUUUGUAUCUUGCAUUGACGGGGAAAAGGAUUUCAAAUCCUGCUGAUGCUCUUUAUGUUGGCUUGGGCACACAUUAUGUGCCAUCGGUGGAUCUACCAUCACUAAAGGAUUCUCUCCUUCAACAUGAUUUGUCACACGAUCCACAUGGAGUUGUUCAGAAGCUAUUAGGAGAUUAUGGCAGAGAACCCGAGUCAGAGUCUCAACUGCAGGUUCUUCUGCCAUCAAUUACAGCAAGUUUUGGUAGUGACAAGUCAGUUGCUCAGUCAAUGGAAGAACUCAGGAAACAACAGCUCUUUUCUGAUGAAACAGUGGCAGAAUGGGCAAAAGAUGCACUGUCAGGACUGGGAAAAGGUGCUCCUUUUUCUCUCUGUUUGACACACAAGCAUUUUUCAGCUGUUGCAUCUGCUCAUGGAAAUCAUGCAAAUGAACUUUCUAAGUUAGAUGGUGUGAUGAAAGUAGAAUUUCGGAUAGCCUUGAGAAGUUCUCUUCGAAAUGAUUUUGUUGAGGGUGUCCGUGCAGUGCUUAUUGACAAGGACCAGAAUCCAAAAUGGGAUCCAGCAACUGUUGAAGAGGUCGAUUUAAGUGAGGUGGACUCUGUUUUAGGGCCUUUGCAAAAUGAGGCUGAUGAAUUUCAAGUAUGAACCAAGAAUAUGCAUGUUUUUCAGCCGUCUAAUCUUUUAAAGCGUUUGUGGUCUGACAAGGUUCAUAUUAUAACAUGGAAGUCCAUGUUCUUUGAAAAUUUUGAAUCUUAAUGGUCUUUCCAGUGUACACAGCUUUAAAUAUCAUAUUAUUUAAAUUAUAUAGAAAGUGUCUCUGAUCAGUUUCAUCUUACUGUGGAGAAACUAUCUGACAUGCAAGAGGAACGCUAAAAUUACUAACAUUAUCGGAAUCCUCACAAAAUAUUAAAUGACUUCAACAUAUGCUAUUGGUCAUGGAUUAGAUUUAACUGUCGUAUUUUGUGAGUUAUAUAUUAUGCUUCAGCUGGUAAUUUACCAGUUUACAA